UACACGUCCGCUCGAUCGUGCGUUAUUAAAUGUUGAUAGCGGGCGAACAGAAGAAAUGUAAAAGUUCGUUUAAUUGCGUCAUGACAUUAUUAAACCUCUGAGUUAUAUUGUGGUUGUAGAUUAAACUCACAGUGGGUCCUAGACAGCUCCAUUAGUCUACCUCAAGUCAAUAUAAUAUAAAGUUAACUUAAGGACAAAGGGAUGGACGACAGUCCUGAGAGAAACAAAAGUUUGGAAUACAUGGACGACUCUGAUGCUGCUGAGAAACCUUGUGAUAAUAAUGACAUGUGGGGCGAGCGUUCCCUACCUAUGAAGGAGUUUUAUCCUUAUAUUCGCUGCUCUCUCUGCAACGGGUUCUUCAUCGAUGCCACUACCAUCACUGAAUGUCUUCAUACAUUCUGUAAGAGCUGCAUUGUCAAGCACUUUUUCUACAGCAACAGGUGUCCCAACUGUGCCAUCGUUGUUCAUCAAACUCAGCCACUGUACAAUAUAAGACCUGACAGGCAAUUACAAGAUAUAGUUUAUAAAAUGGUUCCAUAUUUGGAAGAAGCGGAGAGAAUACAAAUGUGCACAUUUUACAAAGAGAGAGGACUUGUAGUUCCAAAACCAGUGGUGGUCCCAGCCACACUUCCAGUGAAGCCUCAGAAACAGAAGCAGAAAGACCUCAUGCCACAAUCUGUUUUUACCAUUCCUCCAGAACUUGAUGUGUCUGUGAUGCUUGAGUUUGUUGGAGCUGAGGAGGGCAUUGAGAAUUAUAAACCCCUAGAGAGGAAGUAUGUGCGUGUAUCAGGUGAAGCCACUAUUCGUCAUGUGGAACUUUUUAUCAGAAGGAAGAUGGAGUUGAGUCCAAAUUUGCAGGUGGAUGUUGUUUGUGGGGAGCACCUCUUAGAACAAUGCCAGUCUUUGAGAGAAGUGCGUAACACAAUGGGAGAAAAUGCACUACAGGAUGGAAUGCUGGUUUUACAUUUUGGAAUUGUGCUUCCUGGUCAGUGAACAGAAGAGUUAUGCAGUCUUACCUGUCAUGCCUGGAAUUUCUGAUUGAGAGCAAUUUUUUUUCCCUCAACUGCCUCCUGUGGGGGAAAAAAAUUCCUUCAUUGAACCAAAUCUUAAUCCAAAAUGAAACAGUCUCCCUUGGCUAACAGUUUAUUUUAUGUUUUAAUUUCCUAUACUUUGUGCUGGGUUCUUGUUAAAUCCAGUUGUAUAUUUUAUUGAAACACUGGAAAAUUGGAAACUAUAGAUUACAAGAGAUGUUUUAAAGAAAAUGAAUAUACUGUGUUUUGUACUGAAAUGUUUUGAUGCAACAUGUUCUAUUUAAUAAAUACAUGUUUGAUUGUUUAAUGCUUUUGAAUGUAGUACAUGGGCAGGACUCUUGAUGAAUGUAGCUUUUGGUUUGAAAGAGUUUAAUUAAAAGUAAAAGGUUGUAUGAA